AUGGCUGGAGAAAUAGCAUGGAUCAGCCACUAUGAUGAUUAUUAUUUGCAAAAGAAGACUGAGGACUUUGAUUUGGAUCUUGGUGAGGAAAUUGAUAAAGAAGUGAAUGCUGUUUCUGUGGACGUGAUUUUGCCUGAUGAUUUAUUGGAGCGAAUCUUGUCCUAUCUUCCCCUUGCAAGCAUUUUCCGUGCAAGCUGUGUGUGCAAAAGAUGGAAUGUGACUGCAGAAAGGUUUUUAUGGAACCCUUCCCAUUUGUUACCACAGAAACCUUGGUAUUUUAUGUUCACGUGCUCUGAUGAACCAACCGGUCAUGCUUAUGAUCCCAACCUUCGGAAAUGGUAUUGCAUUGAACUCCCCUUCAUUGGAACUUCUAAUUGGUUCAUUUCUUCGUCAUAUGGCUUAGUUUGCUUCAUGGACAAUGACAGCAGAACAGAAUUAUGCAUGUGCAACCCUAUUACUAAAAGUUGCAGGAAGCUUCUAUGGCCUCCGGGGAUGAGCUCUGAUUACGGUGCAUUAGCGAUUUCGGUCGACAAGGAAUCCCAUGGUUAUAUUGUGGCAAUUGUGAAAUCAAAGCAAGUCCCAGAAAAUGUUUUUCAGUGGGAUAUCUCAAUUCAUAUAUACAAUUCGAAGGAGGAGGCGUGGGCGACGCCGCUAACCGAGGUUUUGACGGGGUGGAGAGGUGGUGAUGAGAGUGUGAUAUGCAACAGUGUGCUCUACUUUGUAGUUUACUAUGCUGGUGGCGUUCUGCCAGAAAACCGUCAUGCAUUAGUCGCAUAUAAUAUCUCCAACCGAUUUUCUCAAGCUAGCUUGAGCUUUAUUCCUAUACCGUGUUCUCUGACAUGUGCUCGUCUAAUGAACAUGAAGGAGAAGCUUGUAAUGGUUGGAGGCAUUGGCAAACAUGAUCAACCAGACAUAAUCAAAGGAAUCGGUAUCUGGGUUCUUCAUGAUAGGAAGUGGGAAGAGAUUGUCCGAAUGCCUCACAAAUACUUCCAAGGCUUUGGAGAGUUCGAUGAUGUUUUCGCUAGCAGUGGCGUCGAUGAUCUAAUAUACAUUCAAAGUUAUGGAUCUCCUGCACUUCUCACAUUUGACAUGAACAUUAAACAAUGGAAAUGGUCACACAAAUGCCCCGUUACAAAGAGGUUCCCUCUACAUCUUUUCACUGGUUUCUGCUUUGAGCCGAGGCUUGAAAUUGCUCCGUAG